AUGAAGGAUAUCCUCUUCGUCAAAAUGUGUCGGCCGGUUUGCGCGCCGCUGCCUCGGGCAAGGGCUGCAGGAGAAAGUCUGGCAACUGGAAGAAGCUCCAGACUUUCAGAGCUUCUUCUUUACUUUUUUUCUGCUGGUUGUUUCAUCGAAUAUAUCCCCUUAUUGGCUCUCUCUUCCCUACAACUGUUUCUUUCUAUCUAUCUAUCUAUCUAUCUAUCUAUCUAUCUAUGUAAAUCUGUUCGUUAUCUGUCUAUUUAUUCAUCUAAGUCUAUUCGUUAUCUAUCUAUCUAUCUCGCUAAGUCUAUUAGUUAUCUAUAUCUAUCUAUCUAUCUAUCUAUCUUUCUAAGUCUGUUCGUUAUCUGCCUAUCUAUUUAUCUGUCUAUUCGUUAUCUAUCUAUAUAUCUAAGUCUAUUCGUUAUCUAUCUAUCUAUCUAUCUAUCUAUCUAUCUAUCUACCUAUCUAUCUACCUAUCUAUCACAGAUUGUUUCUAUCUAUCUAUCUAUCUAUCUAUCUAUCUAUCUAUCUAUUAUCUAUGUCUCUUCAUAUCUAUCUAUCUAUCUAUGUAAAUCUGUUCGUUAUCUGUCUAUUUAUUCAUCUAAGUAUAUUCGUUAUCUAUCUAUCUAUCUAUCUAUCUAA